AUCGAGGUCACAGUCACGGAGGAAUCCAACCAACUCCGUAGAACCACGGGACGGUUGUUGACCAAAAGUCGAGACGACUUGAAGCCCUCGAGCUUUUUCUUGCUUUGUUACGGUUUGUAUUGGUUCCCAAAGUUCCCGUGCUUGUUUGUAAUUUACAUUGCCUCGCCUCACCCCUCUCGAGAUGGGUCGGAUACUGAUCACAGGUUCUUCCGACGGGCUCGGUUCCCUGACGGCGCGGGCCCUGGUCAAGCGAGGCCAUUCGGUCGUCCUGCACGCGAGGAACGACCAACGUGCCCGGGACGCGAGAGCUGCCUGUCCCGAAGCCGAAACCUGCCUCGUCGCGGACCUGUCCGACGUCUCGCAGACCGAGAAACUGGCGAGGGACGCGAACACGCUCGGGGCCUUUGACGCCGUCGUCCACAACGCGGGCGUCUACACGGGGCCGUACGGAAAGACAAAACAAGGCUGGCCCGGCAUCUUCGCGGUCAAUACCGUGUCCCCUUACAUCCUCACCUGCCUGAUCAACCCGACCCCGAAACGACUCGUGUACGUCUCGUCGGGUCUGCACAACGGCGGCGAUCCUUCCCUGGAGGACUUGACGUGGCGGCGCCGUGGGGAACGUCGAUUUUCCGACUCCCAAGCCUACGCCGACACAAAGUUGCACAACGUGAUGCUCGCGGCCGCGUUCGCGAGGAGGUGGGCCGGCGGUGGCGUGCAGAGCAACUCACUCGAUCCGGGUUGGGUGCCCACGAAGAUGGGAGGCGGUCAUGCUUCCGGGGACAUCGACGCCGCCGUCGAGACCUACGUCUUGUUGGCCGAGGGACCCCCGGACGGUGUCUCGGGGAAAUAUUGGUUCGGCAGUCGAGUGAGGUCGCCAAAGGCACAGGCGGACGAUGAAGCCCUUCAAGAUAGACUGAUCGAGCAGUUGCAGGAGAUUACGGGUGUACGGAUGCCGUAAAAGAGAUGGGGUUUUGUUGUUGAAAUAGCACAGUUCAACAUCAAUGGAGGUGUCAUAUGUAAAGUGUAACGGAUUACAAGUCUAUUUCUAUCCUUUUUUUCCAACAAGAUGUCAUUUCUGUAGGCCUUGCUCUGUGAUCUAGGUGAAUUUAUGUUUCU